GGUCCGGCUCCCCCGGGACCCCGCGGAGGGCCGCCCGCCCCGCGAGGUGCCUUCCAGGCCGGGGCGUGGCCUAAGCCUCGCCGUGACGUCGCCGCGCGGCCCGGCAGCGCUGACCCCGGUGCGGAAGGGCCUGAGCGGGGCGAGCGCGCCCGCCGCGCCGCGCUCCCAUGGCGGCGGCCGGAGGGCCGGGGCCGCCCGUGGGGCUCCCCGUCGCGGAGCCCGCGCCGCCGCCGGCCUGCCGCUUCUUCUUGGAGGGCCGCUGCCGCUUCGGAGCCCGCUGCCGCCAGCCCCACCCCGGGGCGCCGGCGCCGGCGCCGCCGCAGCCUAGGGGCGAGGCCCAGGCCAAAGCCAAGAAGCCGCCGCUGCGCACGGCUGCGGCCGUCAUCCAGCGCAUCCGCUGGGACCCGCGCCUCGACCCGGCCGACUUCUCCGUGGGCUACGCCGACCGCUUUCUGGGCGUGCGCGAGGAGCCCUUCCUUUCCUUCUGCUGGGACGAGCCCCUGGCGGCGCUCGGGCCGGGCGUCCUGGCGGUGCCGCAGCACCGGGUGCGCUACUUUCGCUUCCGCGGCCGCCUGGUGUGGGACCGCGCCUCGCGCACGGACCUCGUCUUCGGCUCGGGCUUGGCGGCGGGCCGCGGGCCCACCAUCCUGGACGCGCUCGACGGCGGGGACGCGCGCCACACCGGGGACGCGAGCGACGGCAAGGACGCGCACGGGACCGGGGACAAGCACGACGGCGAGGACGCGCACGGGACAGGCGGUGAGAGCCACGGCGCGGACGCGCACGGGGCCGGGGGCGCGCACGACGGCGGAGACGGGGGCGGGGACGCGCACGGGACCGGGGACGAGAGUGAUGGCGAGGACACGUUCGGGGCCAGAGAGGCACUUGGCGGUGGGGACACGGACGCGGCCGGAGGCUCACUGGACGGCGUAGCUGCGACCCGCCUCGGCACCGGGGCGGGAGGGCCUGCACAGCCAGCCUGGACGGGUCUCCGGGCCUCCUUGGCCCUGGAUGGCGGAGGCCCCGAAGCUGGGCGCCUGGUGUUGGCGAGGACCCAGGAGGGGGAGAUGGGCGGCCCUGGAGGCCAAGGUUCCCCGUGGAUGGAGCCAGGAAGGGCGCUGAAGCCAGCCGCCGCCGGUGCCGGGGUCCUGGAGCCCCCGGGUGGGGAGCUGCCGGCUGUGGUGGCCCCGCGAAGGCCUUCGGAAGGCCUUUCUGAGACGGAAGUGGAGUGGGGUCCCGGGGUCUGGCCCGUGGACGGCGGUGCGGCCGGGGCCGUGGGCCCUCGCCAGCCCCGCCCCACGCACUUCGUGGCCCUCAUGGUGGCGGAGCCUGAGCUGCGGGCCGGGGUGGCCAAGGUCCAGGAAGAACUGGUACAAGAUGCACCAGCUUGCGCAGCGUUCACAGUGCCUGCUCAGGCCCUGCACCUGACACUGGCCCUGCUGAGGCUGGCGGGCCCGGGGGAGGCGGCGGCUGCGGUGGACGCACUCAGGCGCGUGCUCUUGGACCCCGGGCUUCAGGUCCCUCCGAGGCUGAGGUUUAGGCGCCUGGUGUUCUUAGGCUCCCAUGUGCUCUGUGCGCCCCCCUCCCCGGCUUUGGAGAGCAUGGCCCAAGGGCUCAGCCAGAGGCUGGAGGCGGAGGGGCUGAGAGUGCUGCAGCCCCGCGGGGGGCUACACCCCCACCUCACCCUGGCCAAGGUGCCCCAGGGUUCCCAAGUCUGCCUCCCCAAGCCUGGGGUCAGCCCAAGGCAGGAGCUGGGGAGCCAGCCCCUGGGGUCACUCUGGCUGUGCCGCGUGGGGAGGGCAGGGGGCACCUACCAGGCUGUGGCUGAGAUCCCCCUGGGGCCUCAGCCCCCACAGCUGUAAGGGCCAGGGCCAGACCACCAGAGGAAACCUAGCCCGAGGAGGAAGGACAAAGCAUACACGCAUGUUCUCUCUCUCUCUCUCUUUAAUUUUGGUUUCUCUCAAGCUUCCAAAUGGUGCUCAGUGCUCCAAGGAAAGAAUGAAGGAAGGAAAGGGGUGGGGAGAGGAGGGGAGGGGAGGCAGAGGAGGAACAUCUGGAAAAAAAGCAGCCUGACAGUCCAGCUGUUUGCAAACUCAUUGCACAUCCUCCAGUUACAUGGCAGAAGAGGGAGGGAGGACGGAAAAGAAAAAGGGAGGAAGAAAAAAAUAACUUAAAUAAACACACACAAAAAGAAAAGAGAAGGAAACAUGACGUGAGCUGGUGAUCCAUGAGGCGGGGAGGGAGGGUAACCGUUUUACCUGUGCGGAACCAAGGGAGGAGCGGGAGCAGGAGGAGGAGGAAGGGAAAGGGGAAAAAAAAACCAGAAGAAACAUUGGGGGUGGAGGGAGGAGGGGACACGGAGACAACUUAAUACAACUGCAGACGAGGCAGCCCGGCCGUCGAGGUCCCGCGAUGGCCUCCGGAGUCCUCAGUGCAGGGUGGCGGCGCGGGUCUGGUGGCAGCGAGGCAUUGGCGUUUCUGGGCUUGGGGGCCAAAGGCAGGGCACAGUCUCUACGCGGCUCCCCUCGCCCCAAACACUGAGGCCCCGGAGGGCUGGGCAACAAGAGUCUGUGGUGAGGCAGGUGGGGUGGCGGGCGGCGGGCUGGUGUGCUGGUGCCCCCGCCGCGGGCGGGC